AUGGUGGUGCUGGUGUUUUUGUUUCCUGGGCAUCCCAAGGGCCAGGUGGAGAUGUGGAGCCAGCUGCACUCAAAAUGUCCCUUGAAACAGCCUCCUUCCUGUCACAGUUCAGCAGGCCACUUGUGCAGCCUCAGUGACUCGUCCACACAAGCAGACCAGGCGAGACAGGUCAGGCUUUCCACCAGGAAAACAGUCUACGGGGGCAAGAACCUGCCGAAAGAGGAAACACAACCCAUGAGGAGCAAAGCUGAUGCAGAGCAAUGGUCGCCUUUGUCUCAGCCCAAAAAGGGGCCUAGGCUGGAAAGUCACUUUCACCUCAGCACUGGCCUCCUUGCAAGACCUUCAGAAACCUGUGCACAGCGUAAGCUUGGGCCCCUCGUGGUGCCCCACACAGAAUCCCCCUGGAACCAGCAGCUCUGUGACAUCAGCGCCCCGGCCGAGGCUUUCCAGGCACUAUCAGCACUACGGCAUCAGACACAGCGCUGGCGGAGAAGCUGCGGGACCCGGCCCUUGGCUGAGCACCACGGGCUGUCGCGCAUCGUGGGCGGCAGCGAUGCCUCCCCGGGAGCCUGGCCCUGGAUCGUCAGCAUCCAGCUUCCCGGGGCAGCGGGCAGCGGGCACAUCUGCGGAGGCUCCCUCAUCCAUCCCCGGUGGGUCCUGACCGCAGGACACUGCUUUGACAAGUACAGGAACGUCCCGACGUGGCGCAUGGUGAUCGGGGCCACCCGGCUGUCUGAGCUGGGCCCCGAGGCCCAAGUGCGCAAGAGCAAGCGGCUGCUGAUCCACGAGAGCUACCGCAAAGGCGCCUUGGAGAACGACAUCGCCCUGCUGGAGCUGGACGAGCCCGUGCAGUGCAGCGACUACGUGCAGCUGGCCUGUGUGACUCACUUCUCCGACGUGGUGGUGUCGCAGCUCACAGACUGCCGCGUCGCUGGCUGGGGCUACACCGCGGAAGGCUCUGCAGAAACAUCUGACGUGCUGCAGGAGGCCAAGGUCCGCCUCAUCAGUGUCAAGCUCUGCAACAGCAGCGAGUGGUACGGAGGGGCCGUGCGCAGCUACAACCUGUGUGCUGGCUACCCGCGGGGCGGCAUCGACACCUGCCAGGGUGACAGCGGGGGCCCGCUCGUCUGCAGAGCUCCACACGCCAACUUCUUCUGGCUCGUGGGCCUGACCAGCUGGGGGAAAGGCUGUGCCAGACCAAAGCAGCCUGGGGUCUACACCUCCACCCAGCACUUCUUCAACUGGAUCCAGUCACGGAUUCGCUCAGGAGGAAGUGCUGCGACACUCGCCCGGCCAAAGAGGCCAUCACAAGGCUCAGCCCUGUUCAUUGGCCUCUGCACCGGUGCUGCAGAAGUGCAGCAAUACCUGUGCACUGGAACCUUUGAAGUGGAGAGUUACUGA